CUCCAUUUCCUCGCAACAAUCAAAAAAUGUUGGUCAGCAUUCAGAAACUUUUCGUCUUCGGUUCUCUAAUUUGUUUUGUUUUGUUUUUCCCUCUUUCGCUUCGACUUCACCACUUUCCAAUAAGAGCUUUUGCUCGCCAGCGACUACACUCUCUUCUCUCUCUCUCAGUUACUCUUCCUUCCAUUUUUUCCUUGUUCCACGAUCCUUCUGGUUUUCUCGUUUUUUACAGUGAAAAAUGUUUUCUUUUUGUGUUGAUUCCAGGUUUUGAUUGUUGGAGUAAGUAUUCAAGUUUCGACUGAAAUCUUUGAAAUUUAAGGGUGUUUUACAUUUGGGAACCUGUGGUGAAAGUAACUGUUGGCUGAUUAUAAAAUGGUGCCAACGCCGAGUCAAAAAGAAAGAGCACUUGCGGCAUGUCGUGCUAUGUCAAGUCUUGGAAUUGAUGAUUUGAGAGUGAAAUCAGUGUUAAAGAAACUCCUCAAAGUGUAUGAAAAAAAUUGGGAACUUAUUGAGGCAGAGAACUAUAGAGUUCUAGCAGAUGCUAUAUUUGAGGAUGACGAUAAAAUGGUGCCCGAACUGAAAAAGAAAAGCCAGGCAGCCAAUGUACAUAACGCUCGUCAUUCUUUGUCUUCUUCCCUUCAAAACAACCAGGAAGCAGAGACAGAGUGUGAAGAGGCUCAGAUGCAUAUUGAAACAGCCCGACCUUUGAAAAGGUUGCGAUUACAAGGCCAAGAGAGUCAGCCUUUGCAUCCUCUGGCUAACAGUGCCCCCAGCCCUCCAUCAAAAAGACUUAAAUUAGAUGAUAAUGCAUCUUCUAGGAAGAAGCUUCAAAACAAACCAGUGUCUUCUGAUGGGAAUCCAAGGAUUGAAGCAUGUUCACUUCCACCACAAGAUUGCAUUGUUGAUAAGGGAAAGCAACCUGCAUCACCCGAAGUUUAUCAUAGAGGAAGAAGACUUACAUCUGAAAGAGUAUCCCAAUCUAUACCGUCUAGAGAGCCAACAGUUGAACCUGGGAGAUUUCUAUUGCCAAACAACCAAAUGCCCCAUACUCAGACACCAAUCAUACCCAAGGACGAGCCUAUUGAUGAAAUGCCUGAUUACGAGAUGCCCAUUGCAGUGAUUCCUCCUGAAUCAUCAAGUGUAAGGAACUGGUCAAUUAAGAAUGGUGUAGCUGGAAAACACAGUGGUCGUGCUACUGUGGCAUCAUCACAAAGCAGAGAUGGAGUUGUAGAUGAAGAUGUUAUUCGUACCUCAAAUGGAGAAAGGACUUGUGAUGUAGAGAUAGCCUCAUCAACUCUUGGAGAGGUAAAACUUUCUUUGAGCUGCAGCCCAGCUCUUUGGGGAUCAGAUUUUCAUAUGCCUAGUCAAGAUCAACUUAUAGAAAUGAUGGAGGAUAAAUGUCUGCAAUCAUAUAAAAUCACUGACCCAAAUUUCUCUGUGAAGAAUCUGUUGAGAGAUAUAUGUGAUUGCAUGUUGGAAUUCAGAAAUGAUAAGUCACAAGAGGGUUCUACGAUAAGGUCCAGUGUUGAUGUGUUGAAGGAACCACAUGCACCUGACACACUGAGUGUGGUAGGAAAUAAAGAUUUGGACAGAUCUUCUCACUUUUCAAACGGAUCCAUCAAUGUUAAGUCUUCUGAUGCUUUGGUUUCUCCCCGAAGUAUCCUUCCUCUAGCCCACCCGAAUGGUCUGAGUGAUGCUGUACUGGUUUCCAAGAUGGACGGAACAAAUGAUUUUUUGCAAAGUAAUGUCAGAAAGGAUCUGGAAGAUCCUAUGUCUCCAAAUUCACAAAGUUUAGUGUUUGUUCCACAGCAUCAGCUUACAGUUGGUGAUAUAAGGUCUUUUCAUGAUGCUAAUGACCUUACAAAAGGAGAAGAAAAUGUUGAAAUUCCAUGGGUGAACGAAACUACUAGUGAUUUCGCACCAUCUUUUAACUACAUACCCCAAAACCUUGUGUUCCAAGAUGCUUAUGUUAAUAUUUCUCUAUCACGUAUUGGUGGUGAGGAUUGUUGUUCAACUUGUAUGGGCAAUUGUGUCUUGUCUACUACCUGUGCUUGUGCAAAUAAAACUGGUGGUAAAUUUGCAUACAAUACUGAGGGCCUACUGAAGGAAGAAUUCUUGGAAGAGUGCAUUGCAAUCAGUCGCAACCCUCAACAACAUUUCUACUAUUGCAAAAAUUGUCCACUUGAAAGAUCCAAGAAUGAUGGUUGUUUAGAACCGUGUAAAGGACACUUAAAGAGGAAGUUUAUUAAAGAAUGUUGGAGCAAAUGUGGUUGUGGGAAACAGUGUGGAAAUCGGGUUAUCCAGCGAGGAAUAACUUACAAUUUGCAGGCAUUUUUUACUUCAGAAGGAAAAGGAUGGGGUCUUCGUACCUUAGAGGACCUGCCAAAAGGUGCAUUUGUGUGCGAGUUUGUUGGAGAAAUAUUAUCCAUUAAAGAGUUGCAUGAGAGGAGCAUGAAAUGCACUGAAAAUGGGAAAUAUACAUACCCAGUUCUACUGGAUGCAAAUUGGGAUUCAGGAUAUGUGAAGGACGAAGAAGCUUUAUGCUUGGAUGCAGCUUCUUUUGGAAACACUGCUAGGUUUAUCAAUCACAGAUGUUCUGAUGCAAACUUGAUUGAGAUCCCUGUUGAAGUUGAGGAUCCUGGUCAUUAUUACUAUCACUUUGCCUUUUUCACUUCAAGAAAAAUAGCAGCGCAGGAGGAGCUAACAUGGGAUUAUGGCAUUGACUUUGAUGACCAUGAUCAUCCUGUCAAGCUGUUCCAGUGCAGAUGUGGCAGUAAAUUCUGCAGGAACAUGAAGAGAUCAAGCAGAUCUUUUAGAUCUUCGUCAAUUGCAGGAUGAUAGCCUUUCUCCGUGAAACCAAUUUUGUUGUCUCACUGUGCGCUGGAUGAGAUGUAAUGAGGCCGAGUUUACUACAAGUGGUGUUUUUUUUUUAGUUAAAGGUUGGGAGACUCGUUAUUUUGUACAGAUCUUUGAAAACUAUUAUAGGCAGACUGGCCUACGAAAGUAAAGAGUUAGCGUUCAUUGUGGGAUUUAUUUUGGUAUUCUUAUUAUUAGAGGUUCUAACUCAGACAAGAUCAAAAUGGAUGUUUGCGAAAAAGAAAAAGACGGAUAGAGGUUAAUUUAUUUUGAUACUUGUUACUAGUGAAGGUGAAUAUUUUAGUUUUUAACUGCAGCGUUUGUAGGGCUUGGAAAUAUUUUGUUAAUAUCGUCCCACUGAGUUGGAAUAUUAUGUUAUGAAAUAUCUGUUAGAAGCA